AUGGGAGAAAUCCAAGCAGUUAUCAUCCCCGUCGGUGUCACGGUCAAGACCAGUUCAGCGGACAAGGACAAGCUGUACUCGACAAUUGAUGAGAUUCACAAAAGCUCUUGGAUGCAAACUCGUGACGAUACCUCCAAAUCCAUCGUGCCGAUCUUCGAUCUUUCUACCUCUAUGCCGUCUAUCCUCGAGAAGAUGCAAGACGACAGGCUCUCCGGCGUCAAGAAGGAACACGACGAGCACUGCGGAGUCAUCGCCGACUGA